AUGGCGAUGCCCGCUGCUCUCAGGGCCUUAACUAUCUUCUAUGUGCUUGCAGUCCUUGCUGCAUAUCAGGCAGAAGGCCGGCACCAUCAGCCUGAUUGUCCUUCUUUCUCGUGCGGCCCUCUUGCAAAUGUAUCGUCUCCAUUUCGUCAGGCAAGUGAUCCACCUGGCUGCGGCUAUCAAUCUUACGAGCUGGUUUGCAGUGAUACCAAGGCUAUGAUUCACAUCGGCGAUGCGACAUACUAUGUGUCUGGCAUCAACAACAGGAAUUCUUCCUUCUGGGUUGUUGAUGCCGACUUGGAUUUACACAACAGCUGCCCUCUACCUCGGUGGAAUCCUCCAAACCCACCCAACAACAUGGAAAUCGAAUUGAGACCUCUUGUACAUAGUCGGGCUUGCUUUGUAAAAUGCUCUCAGGAAGUAAAGGGCACUGGUACAUACAUGCCUGUUGCUUGCCUAAGCACCAACGAUUCUUUUGUUUACGUGCUAACUGGCCACGGAUCUACAUACAUCGAGUAUCUUGAACCUUCGUGUGGGUACUUGGCUGUGACUCCUCGACCUUGGGAUGGUCGGACGCUAGAAAAUGCAAGUUAUGAAGAUGUUGUGAAAUCUAUGAGGAUAGGAUUUGCUGUUCGGUUUCCUUAUCCCAGGGAGAGCAUCAAGCAAUGCCUAAUAGACAUUUCUAAGUGUAGUCAUAAUAACCGUCUACUGGAUUUGGAAGUGGCUGGCUGGUUCAUAUUGGCACCACUGGCUAUGUUGAUUUUCCUAGCCUACAAGUAUUGGAAAACAAGAAUAACAAUUGAUGCGGUCGACAAGUUCCUCCGAAUGCAGCAAAUGAUUGGUCCGACGAGGUACGCCUACACCGACAUCACCGCUGUCACUAGCCAUUUCAGAGAUAAGCUGGGGCAGGGAGGCUAUGGCUCUGUAUUUAAGGGUGUGUUGUUGCCAGGCAAUGUUCACAUCGCAGUCAAGAUGCUAGACGGUAAAUCCAACUGUAAUGGAGAAGAUUUUAUCAGUGAAGUUUCAACCAUUGGCAGGAUCCACCAUGUUAAUGUGGUGCGUUUACUGGGGUUUUGCCCAGAGGAAAUGAGGCAAGCGCUUGUCUACGAGUACAUGCCUCGAGGUUCUCUCGACAGGUACAUCUUCUCAUCUGAGAGGAGUUUUUCUUGGGAUAAGCUUGCCGAGAUAGCUUUGGGCAUUGCCAAGGGCAUCGACUACCUGCAUCAGGGUUGUGAGAUGCAAAUUCUCCACUUCGACAUCAAGCCCCACAACAUCCUUCUCGACAACAAUUUUGUCCCCAAAGUUGCUGAUUUCGGUCUCGCCAAACUAUACCCAAGGGACAACAGUUUUGUGCCAUCGAGAGCCCUAAGAGGAACAAUUGGGUACAUAGCUCCUGAGAUGAUAUCUCGUAGCUUCGGCGUCGUAUCGAGCAAGUCCGAUGUUUACAGCUUUGGGAUGCUGCUGCUGGAGAUGGCUGGAGGAAGAAGGAAUGCUGAUCCAAAUGCGGCAAGCUCGAGCCAAGCGUACUACCCAUCGUGGGUGUAUGGCCGGCUAGCUCAACAAGACAAUGUUGGUGAGAUAUCUGCUCAAGUUGAUACUGAGAUGCACGAGCUAGAGAGGAAGCUGUGUAUUGUUGGACUUUGGUGCAUUCAGAUGAAGUCUCAUGAUAGGCCGACGAUGAGUGAGGUUAUAGAGAUGCUUGAAGGCGUCGCUGAUGCAUUGCAGAUGCCUUCCAGGCCAUUCUUCUGUGAUGAAGGGCAUGCCCAUACCGAGAAUAUUUACCACUUGUCGUCCGAGUUGACUGAAAUCUCUCAGGAGGAUAUGAGUGAAAAUAUUGGUGUGUGA